AUUAUGAGCAGCCAGGGAAAUAUUUCCCCUAAAUUACUCUUAUGAUUCAAUGCGACAUUAAGUUGACACUGAGUUGUUGACUUGCUUGCCUUUUUAAUAACACUUUGGAUUCACGAUCCAAAAAGUUCUGGUUGACCUAACAGUGCUUCACUUCAGAAGACUCUCCUAAUUCAAACAGUGCAGGGCAACACGAUGUGGCUCGCGCGGACCCUCUUCGCUCUGGCACUUCUUUGCGCACCGGUUUCCAGCCUCUGCUUACCAACGUACGACCCCGUGUCCAACUUUCUUUGCAACAAUGAAGUGUUCUCUGAGACGAAUGAUAACGGGCAACCAGCAAAUUCCCUGCUGGACAGUCUAAAACUCCUGUACAAAUCAGCGCACUCGCUUUCCUCCGAGGAGCCACGCGAAAGGAGGACAAUACCCGCGUCCAAAUACAGAUACUUGAGCCAGACGCAGCUCAGGAGUAAACUGUACCGUAAUAGUGCGAAGAGCGACCGACGCAGCCAGGUCACUCUUUCCCUCGAUGUCCCCACCAACAUAAUGAACAUCCUCUUCAACAUUGCCAAAGCCAAGAACCUGCGCGCAAAGGCGGACGACAACGCGCGCUUGCUGGCGCAGAUUGGAAAGAGAAAAUGAAUUCCAAUUUAUGUCACUAAUUUGACUUUAACAGAUUUUUUUUGUUACC